AUGCAGCCCGAGGGCGACUUCAAGCGGAGCAUCGAUAUAGCAACAAGCCAUUCCUUUGCCUGGAUGACGGAAUUGACUCUGCAAGACGCGUCUCUCACAGCCGAUGACCUCCUCCAUAUUCCCAACCUUCGGAACUUGAAGAACAUUCAGAUCAUAGUUUCCAAGACCGAGAACGCAGUGUUCCACGACAGAAUCAUUCGGAGCUGGGCCGAAGCAGUCAUGAAAGAUGGCUGUUUCAGCAAGCUGGAGUCGAUAUUUGUUCGUGGGCAUCCACAUGUCUCUACUUGGUCCUUACAGCACAUAAGUUGCUUUCCGAUCUUGAACACUUUUGCGUUGCACUGCUGUGGUGUAGAGAAAGUCACCAAAGCCAGUGCCCAAGCUGAAAAGGCCGGAUGGAUCCUCGAUAGACAGUAAAGCCAUGUCCGAUCUUCUAUCCAUUGAAUGCUGCUGACUUGUGGAAGGUCGCGCCGCGUGAAAUUCUCCUCAGAAAGACCGAGACGAAGGCUGAUGGAAGGCAAUCAAGCCAACACUCCAUUGCUCAAACUGACCUUGAAAGGCUCACGCAAAGCAUUGCCUCCAUUGGCACUGCCAAAUCAAUUCGAAGACGACCGCGAUGACAUCUUCUGCUUCGAGCGUGAUUGGCAAUUCCAGGCGACAAACCAGGGUCCUCAACCAGAGGAAGAGCAACGUGCAAAGAAGCGUAAGGUGAGAGACGGCAAGGCGCUUCCACUGAACAGCAUACUGGACGGUCUCUGA